ACCUGAGAAGUUUCGCGCGUCACCCCACUGACUCGAUCGCACGAGAGUACCAAAUUGAAAUUUCUCUCUCCUUAAACCUCUACUUUCUCUAUUUGUCGUCUAAAACCCUGUCUCUGGUUCACUCAACCUGAAGCUUCUCUCUAUAAUUCGCCGACUAAUAAAAGGCGAUCGAAAUUUUAUUCCCCGAUCCUGAUGUCUCAGUUGUCAAAAUUAAAUGUCUCAAAUCCCAAAGUAUGGGUGGUGAUCGGCGUAGGCGUUGUCGGAGUUUUAAUUCUCGCCGAGGUCGGCCGCCGGCGGCUUAAUUCCAAAAGCUUAAUCAAAGAAGACUUUGGGGCUUUUGUUGAACGCUUCGAACUUCUGCCAUUUCCUCAACCCCCUCCUCCGGCCGCUCGCCUCCCCCUAGCUGGCUUCACCUUUGCCAUCAGUGACAAUUUUGAUGUGAAAGGAUAUGUGACUGGGUAUGGAAGUGCAGAUUGGAAGAGAACGCAUGAGGCAGCAGGGAAGACAGCAACAGUGGUGACUGCGCUGCUGAAAAAUGGCGCAACCUGUGUGGGCAAGACUGUCAUGGAUGAGCUUGGAUUUGGGAUGACAGGGGAAAAUGUGAAUUAUGGAACUCCAACUAACCCCCAAAGGCCUUCCAGUAUUCCAGGAGGCUCAUCUAGUGGAUCAGCAGUAGCCGUCGCAGCUGAGCUCGUUGAUUUUGCAAUUGGUACUGAUACUAUUGGUUGUAUAAGAAUGCCAGCAUCAUUUUGUGGUGUACUUGGGUUCAGACCGUCUCAUGGGCUUGUAUCUACAAUUGGCGUUCUGCCAAAUUCACAAAGUUUAGAUACAGUUGGAUGGUUUGCUCGUGAGCCAUCUGUUUUGCGUAGUGUGGGACACGUUCUACUUCAGUUAAAACCAUUGGAACCUAAGAGGACGAGGAAGUUUGUCGUAGCUGAUGAUCUUUUCCAGCUUUCCAAGGUUCCCAAGCAGAUGACAGUAUAUGCUGUAAGCAAAGUAACAGAGAAGUUAUCCGGCUACCAAACACCCUAUCACAUGAAUUUUGGGCAGUACUUUGCUUCUAAAGUGCCCAGUCUAAAAGUCUUCCUGGAAGAAUCAACAAACCAGCAAAAUGGAAUAUCUACUUUGAAAGCACUCUCUUUUGCAAUGUUUCUACUGCAAAGAUACGAAUUUAAAACGAAUUAUGAAGAGUGGAUUAAAUUGGUCAAACCCAAGUUAGGGCCUGAUGUCUCUGAUUGUAUUCAGGCAGCAACCACCACAACACCUGAUAGCAUAAAAAAUCUAUAUAAAGUUAGAACAGAAAUGCGAGCCGCCCUGCAAAAUCUCUUGAAGGAUGACGGGAUAUUAGUAAUUCCCACAGUUGCAGAUCCUCCACCUAAGCUUCGCUUGAAGAAAGGUCUUGCCGCAGAGUUCCACGAUAGAGUAUAUGCCUUGUUGAAUAUAGCAACUAUGUCUGGAGGUUGUCAGGUGACUAUUCCAUUGGGAAAACAUGAGGAUUCUCCCAUCUCUGUAUCAUUUGUUGCAUCCCAUGGAACUGAUAAGUUCCUACUUGAUACUGUUCUAGAUAUCUAUUCAUCUCUUCAAGAAGAGGUCAAUCUUGCUUCCAAAUCUUCACCCUUGCCAGAUGCCAAUGGCAACAUGGAGGCCUCUGAACUAUUGAAAGAAAAGGGGAAUGCUGCAUACAAGGGGAAACAGUGGAAUAAAGCUGUGACCUACUAUACAGAGGCCAUAAAAUUGAACGAGACAAAUGCUACUUACCAUUCCAAUCGAGCAGCUGCUUACUUGGAGUUGGGAUGCUUCCAGCAAGCUGAAAAGGAUUGCACUGAGGCUAUAUUUCUAGAUAAGAAGAACGUGAAGGCAUAUUUGAGGCGAGGGACAGCCCGGGAAUCACUUCUUUUCUAUAAGGAGGCUCUUCAAGAUUUCAAGCAUGCACUUGUACUCGAACCCCAGAAUAAGGUUGCAAGUAUGGCUGAAAGGAGACUUGGAAAGUUGAUCACUUGAAGCUUCUCACUGGCACUUAUGUUCCUUAAUGAAAACAUUUGAUCGUGCUAUAGUGAUACGUUGGAAAACAGAUAAAAUCAACAAGCAUCCAUAAAUCAAAAAUUUGAUUCUUUGAAAGAAAACUUGUAUAAAAGUGUUAUAAUUACUAAGAUGAGCUCGACAUUAGAAAUUUUUCCCAAAAUCAGUUCGGCUUCUAUGUAUUCUGUGUAUUGAACCGAACCGAACCUUGUUGGCGCCACAGUGAAAUUUCCUCAUGAAGUACUAUUGAUUUUUCCCACUUGCUGUAA